AUGGCGCGCGACCCGCCCUCGAUGGCGCACGACGUGGCGUAUCGCGACUUGGGCGGUCCCACCGCGAGGUGCGUCAUCACCGUGCACACGGACGCGAGCGCGGCGUCCGAGUGCGAGGUCUUCGUCGAGCGCGGGAGCGCGCGAACGAGCUCGGAUCGAUCCCCGGGGACGCUCUCGAAGGACCCGGCGUCGACCGCGACGACGGCGCCGCCGAGAGUCGAGUCGUGGCGCGUCGUCGUCCGCGCGGGGGGCUCCGAGCUCGUCGUGCCGCUCCCGGAGGACGCGCGCGGUGACGACGACGACGCGGUCGGCGUGCGGUGGUCGAAGAAGACCAAAGUCCUGACCGUCACCGCCGCGCUGACGCCGGCGUCUUCGUCGACGUCGACGUCCGACGACGCCGCGUCGAGCUCGUCGUCCGAAGCCCGCGUGCGCGCGCGCGCGGAGAUGAUGUGGACGCGCGCCGGCGGCGUCGCGCUGUUAUCAUCCCGCGGGAGCGAGACCGCGGAGUCGCGCGCGUGGAGGGAGACGUACGUUCGCGAGCGGCUGAGCGACGCGCGGCGAAACGUCGCCGCCGCGCUGCGCGGAGGCGCCCCGUCCGACGACGCGACGCUGGGAUAUAAACCCGCGGCGAGAGGUCGGAAGAAGGACGCGCCGCGCGCGGGGGACAAGGAGGGCGUCGCCGCGUUGCGAAGAGCGCAAGCGGUGCAACGCGCUUUGGUCGCGGCGACGGCGGCGGGGACGGGUCGCCGCCGCCGGCAGAUUACCGAGACCGACGGCGGCGUCGAGCCGCGCGCGGUCGCGAAGGACGACCUCGCGAAGAUCAUGGGGCGGGAAGGCGACGCGUCGCGCGGGAUGAAGCGGAGGGAGUGGACCGCGCCGUCGGCGCCGCCGCCCGCCGUCGCCGACGCGCUCGCGACCCGCGUCCCUCCGCGUUGGUCCGACCUCCGCCUCUACCCCGACCAGCACCCGCACCUCCCUCGACGACCUUUAAAACGCGUCGUCCUCGACGGUUUCGCGAGCGAUGGCGAGUGCAGGAACGCGUGCGGCGCCGCGAUCGUCGCCAUGGAAGGUCUCGACGUCGUCGACGGCGAGUGCGCGCUGGCGGCGGACGACCUCGCCGCGCUCGCCGCGUGGGGCGGGCCGCGGGCCGCGGACGUCGUCGACGCGCUGUGCCGCCGGACGCGGCGCGCGGUCGAGGUCGAGUUCGCGGAGCCGCGGAGCGUGUACCUCGCCGGGGCGCUGCUGACGAGGCUGACGCCGCGGGGGGGGAGCGGAGGCAGAGGCGGAGGCGGAGGAGGAGGAGGAGAGCUCGACGCGGAGGGGGACGCCGACGCGUACGACGCCAACGCCGCGCACGUGGACAAGGCGAACAUCGCGAGCUACGACUACAGCGCGGUGCUGUACCUCAACGCCCCCGGCGCGUGCUUCGACGGCGGUGAGUUCGUGUUCAGGGACGGCGGCGACGUCGACGAGGUCGUGCUCCCCGCGGUCGGGCGUUUGCUGUUGUUCGCGUCCGGGGCGGAAAAUUUGCAUCAGGUGACGGCGGUGACGAGGCGGAAGGACGCGCGGGCGCCCGCGGCGCGGUUCGCGCUCGCGAUGUGGUUCACGCUGUCGCUGGAUAAAGGCCGCGACCUCGACGUGGAGGUGAACGUCGUCCCCGCGGCCGUUUCUUCCGCGCCCGCGACAGCGGGCGGUGGUGUCCUCCGAGCGACCGAGCUGACGGACUUGGAGCGGAUGCUCGAGGAAAAAAUCGCGAAAGCGAAGGACUCCCUCGGGUUCGACGACGACGAGCUCGCGAAGCUGCUCUCGAAGCUCGAGUUCGUGGAAGCGCCGCCGCGGUGA